GAGUUGAUAUUAGAGUCGCUGUGGUGAUAGAACGCCAGCCAGCAGAGGUGAGCUGAGGCAAGAGGACCGUAGUAUUGUCAGCAGGACGGGGCUACGUCAUGGAACAAAAGGCGCCGUGGAUGUACAGCAGCACCGCAUGUCUACUUGUGGCGAUUGGAGCAGUGGUGGCGACAACAGUUGUAGCGCAGCGCCCUCGUGAAGGCUGCUGUUAUGGGAAGUCUAGCUUUAACCACGGCCAGACUGUCGCCUCCUUACCAUCGUGCUGCCUCUAUUUGACCUGCCACGAUGGUGACAUCCGAGAGCGGUACAUUGGCAAGCCUGGUGACAGAGGCUGCUGCGAGUUUGACGGGUUGAUCUACCCUAACGGAGCCGAACUAACUUCCCAUUGUGCGGCGCUAAUCUGCAGGCGAGGAGUGUGGGUUGCCUCUCAGGAGAUUGCAGAGUGUUGUAAGCACUGCUACCUGUUCAACGACCCUCAUAUCCACACCCUUGAUGGUCACUACUACGACUGGCACGGUAUUUGUAAUUACACCGUGACGCAGCCUGGAAAUAGUCUUUAUCCUGACUACGGUGUCUUCAGUGACUUCCGCCAUUGUUACAACAGUGCCUCCUGCCUGCACGUGUCCACCUUCAAGAAUGACCGAUACACAGCAAUCACUUUGCGCCACAACAACCCGUUCACGAUUCUAGUGAAUAACGAUGAAUUCGUGGUGCCGACAACGGGCGUGACCGAGGCGCUCUCCUCUCACGGCAAGCACCCGGUCCUGGUCUGGCGGGACGGGGACUGUAUCUUCCUGGUUGGCUCCUCAAAGAUUAUGAUCCAGCACUGCCGCCACCGCUUGGACGUGUGGGCACACCCGUCACACGUGAACGUUCUGUAUGGUCUGUGUGGAUGCUUCAACUUCCACAAGGAAGAUGACUUCACGUCGCGCGACCUGACGCAACACCCGCUGCACCCCUGGCCCGUGGCCUUCGCGGAGUCAUGGCGGACUCCGGAUCAAGGCCGCGACUGCCAGAUUUGCCGUGGCUGCGACAGGGAAACGACAGGAGACCCGUGCACUCUAGAUGCCGCACAGCGACAAGAACUCCGGGCGAUUUGUAGCAGACGUCUGCACUUGAUUUUGGCAACCGAUGAGGAGCUGGGGCAUUACGUCGAUGCGUGUCAGUUUGACUUGUGCCAGCUGCGCCAGAGGGGAGCCACGAAGGAGGCGCAAGACAACUGGCUGCGAGAGUUGGAGAUUUUAGCUCAGGAUGCUAAGAUCAUUCUCGCCAAAACUUCAGGAGAGUGGAAGCCUCUGCCUGACGUGCCUCCCUCCCAGGGCAUAUGUGUGCCAGGCUCUCGAUGGAUGCAAGAGUGUAACUGGUGUGAUUGCGCAGAUAAUGGACAGUUUGCUCGCUGCACUCGCAUAGGCUGUGUUGAAGGGCACAUUCAUCCGCUGGAACAAGAGGCGUGCAAAGACGGUUCCCGGUGGAAGGUGGACUGCAAUUGGUGCAACUGUGUGAGGGGAGGAUUCGUAUGCAGCCGCAACCCCUGUGGUCCUGCCACGAUCCCUCCGCCUCCUACCAUCACCGCCUUGCCAACAUUCCCUACUUCCCUUCCGCUGUGCCUGCAGCCCAUGGAGCCUGGCAACUGCUACGGGUUCUUCCCGCGGUAUUACUUUAACGCCGCCACGAGACGGUGCGAGUACUUCAUCUAUGGCGGUUGUGGAGGAAACCAGAAUAACUUCCAAACCUUGCAAGAGUGUGAGAAGAUCUGCAAGUCAAUCCAGUAAACCUUGACUUCCAUUCGGCUCCUCUGUGACGUUAUGGGAGUUGGCCAGCUAGAGGACAAGAGGUAUCGAGAUGACACAGAGCCAAUGGUAUUGCACCCACCGGCAAGCUUUAAGCGUACCCACUUUUGUGCUCCUUACUGGAGAUCAUGAUGACUUUCGGGUAGUUACGAGGAAUGCAAAAUUAAAUAAACUACGUGAAACUAUGAUUUUCCCUCCAGAAAAUAGAGAAAAUACUGUAAACAGCCAUAUAUUCAGCAAUUGUUUGUUAAUAAAAAUAGUAGUGGA